AUGGAUGGAGCAAACCAUUCUGUGGUGACAGAAUUUGUGUUCCUGGGACUCACCAAUUCCUGGGAGAUUCAACUUCUUGUCUUUGUGUUUUCAUCCAUGUUGUAUAUGGCCAGUAUGAUGGGAAACUCCCUUAUUAUGAUCACUGUAACUUUGGACUCUCAUUUACAUUCUCCUAUGUACUUUCUAUUGGCCAACCUCUCCUUCAUCGACCUGGGAGUUUCUUCUGUCACUUCUCCUAAGAUGAUUUAUGAUCUUUUCAGAAAGCGAAAAGUCAUCUCCUUCAGUGGCUGCAUUACUCAAAUAUUCUUCAUCCAUGUCAUUGGGGGUGUGGAAAUGGUGCUACUCAUUGCCAUGGCUUUUGACAGAUAUGUUGCCAUAUGUAAACCUCUCCACUAUCUGACCAUCAUGAGUCCAAAAAUGUGCUUCUUCUGUUUAGUGAGUGCCUGGAUAAUUGGCCUUAUUCAUUCCCUCAUUCAACUUGCCUUUGUGGUAAAUUUACCCUUCUGUGGUCCUAAUGUGUUGGACAGCUUUUACUGUGACCUUCCUCGGUUCAUCAAACUUGCUUGCACAGACACCUACCGACUAGAGUUCAUGGUCACAGCCAACAGUGGGUUUAUUUCUCUGGGGUCAUUCUUUAUAUUGAUUAUCUCCUAUAUUUUUAUCCUUAUCACUGUUCAGAAACGCUCUUCAGGUGGCUCAUCUAAGGCUUUCUCUACUUUGUCAACGCAUAUCAUGGUGGUCGUUCUGUUCUUUGGUCCUUGCAUCUUUGUUUAUACUUGGCCUCACCCCACAUCCCACAUAGACAAAUUCCUUGCUCUUUUUGAUGCAGUUCUCACUCCUUUUUUAAAUUCAGUAAUCUAUACGUUCAGGAACAAAGAUAUGAAAGUGGCAAUGAAGAAAGUAUGCAGCCAAUUUAUUAUUUAUAAAAGGAUUUCUUAA